AUGCUCGGCUCAGGCUCCGCUGCGGUAGGCUGGGCCGAGAGGCUUUUGAUGGGAUCAAAGAGACACAGGAAGCGGGUAGAGAACCCGGAUCCGCCGUCGCCGACGCGGCGACGGGCUGGGUGGAGGGAGGGCCAAAAAACUCCCGGUGGCCAGAGCGACUGGCAACAGCCUCGGUAUGCCAGUGUCAACGGGGCCGGCAGCACAAUGCACCAUUCCCGGGCCGAGGGGCUUGGUAUGCCGCCGGGCGCCGGGCACAAGCCUUUCUGCUUUUCGUCUAUCGCCCACAACUCUCCUGUACUGCUAUAUUGA